AUGCGUCGCCCACCAGACGCCCACUACAGCUUCACGAUACCCUCGAUCCAUGAUGACACGACGCUCGAUUGCCGCGUGUACCAUCCAGAUACUCUAAUCAAGCCAAAGGAAUCGGGCGAUAUCGUAGAAUGGAAGAGGAGAGGUGUUGUCAUGGCACAUCCAUAUGCACCAAUGGGAGGUAGUUACGACGAUCGCGUAGUUGGUAUCGUGGUAGACGAGUUCCUACGUGCUGGUUGGAUGGUGGGCACCUUCAACUUCAGAGGUGCGCACGGAUCUAAAGGGCGUACUAGCUGGUCUGGAAGACCCGAACUAGAUGACUAUACAUCCUUUGCAGCAUUCUUCAUGUACUACAUGUCCUACCUACGUCCACGCAUUACCUUCGACCUGAAUCUCGCGCCCGAUCAGCUUCCGACCCCCUCAAACCAAAGCGAAUCAUUGUCGGCGCAUGACGACCAAUCUCCCAUAGUCAUACUAGGAGGUUAUUCAUACGGCUCCCUCAUCCUUAGACAUCUGCCACCUGUACCGACCAUACUACAACCAUUCUUAGCUCCAGCGACGGGUACUGCAGCCGAUGAAAUAGUCCUGCGCGCUCGCAGGUUGGCAGACCAGAGCAAUCUCGGAUGGAUCAACCUAGCUCGGGAUGAGACUAGAGCUAGGAGGAAAAGCAGGGCAGGACAUGAAUCGAGACCUCCGGUUACAAUGGGCGGAGAGGAGACUAGCCCAGAGAAGCGUAGAAGUAGCAGAGAUGUCCGAAGAAGUCUCGAAGGCGGUACGCGCCAUGAGAUCAAAACACGGUUGAGAAGCCUUAGCCACAGGCGGAGAGAGAGUCACGAACCAAUGCCACGAUCGGAAGCGAAGAGUGCGACAAUCACAAUGCCCGACGUCCGUUAUCUUCUUAUCUCGCCACUGACACCGCCAAUCUCUACACUUGCUGCACCAGCCUUGAUACAUAGGUUCUGGAGCAAGUCCAAGGACGAUCACCAGGACGUGCUUGGUAAGCACGUAUCUCUAGCCAUCUUCGGGGAUCAAGACGCUUUCACUUCUGCGAAGAGGAUUCGCGACUGGUCAGAACAAUUGAAAGCUGAGCCAGCAUCGCACUUCACCAGUGUUGAAGUCGUGGGCGCAGGGCACUUUUGGAUCGAGAGCGACGUCGAAGUAAGACUAAGAUCUGCGCUGAAAGAAUGGGAAUCCGCAGUACGAUGA